GUGAAGAUGCCGCUGGCGCAGCUGGCAGAUCCUUGGCAGAAAAUGACAGUGGACAAUGUGGAGAGUGAGAAUGGGAGUCAGAUUGUAGAUUAUCCUAUGGAAGAGGAUGAUUCCUCUUCAUCACAUGAUGAAGGAAAUGUUAAAGAAAUAACCAUCACAAAUCAUGUAAAGGAAGGAUAUGACAGAGCAGAUCCCUCACAUUUUGAACUGUUGAAAGUACUGGGCCAAGGAUCCUUUGGAAAAGUAUUUCUUGUAAGAAAGAUUUCAGGACUGGAUGUUGGUCAACUUUAUGCAAUGAAGGUUCUUAAAAAAGCUACACUUAAAGUUAGAGAUAGUGUUCGAACAAAAAUGGAGCAUGAUAUAUUAGUGGAAGUAAAUCAUCCUUUUAUAGUAAAAUUGCAUUAUGCCUUUCAGACAGAAGGGAAGCUGUACCUUAUUCUGGAUUUCCUCAGGGGAGGAGAUUUAUUCACAAGGUUAUCCAAAGAGGUCAUGUUUACUGAAGAAGAUGUGAAAUUCUAUCUUGCUGAGCUGGCACUCGCUUUGGAUCAUCUUCACAGUCUAGGAAUUAUAUACAGAGAUCUGAAGCCUGAAAAUAUUUUACUUGACGAUGCUGGGCAUAUAAAACUAACAGAUUUUGGACUGAGUAAAGAGUCAAUAGACCAUGAAAAGAAGGCAUAUUCAUUCUGUGGCACAGUAGAGUAUAUGGCACCAGAGGUAGUUAACCGUCGAGGUCACAUGCAGAGUGCUGAUUGGUGGUCUUUUGGCGUCCUCAUGUUUGAAAUGCUGACUGGUACAUUACCAUUUCAAGGCAAAGACAGAAAGGAGACAAUAACUAUGAUUCUUAAAGCAAAGCUUGGAAUGCCUCAGUUUUUAAGUCCUGAGGCUCAAAGUCUUCUGCGGAUGCUGUUCAAACGAAACCCUGCAAACAGAUUAGGAGCUGGUCCUGAUGGAGUAGAAGAGAUUAAGAGACAUCCUUUCUUUGCUACAAUAGACUGGAAUGGUGUACCAUUUGGAAAUGUACAGAAAGCGUGGCUGCUGAUCUUAUAUCUUCAAAAUGUGGAAUUCACAGCAGAUAACUGCAUAUCACAGCCAGCAGGUCCAUCUGAUGGCAGUGAAGCAGAUAACAGCAUACCACAGUCAGCAGGCCCAUCUGAUGGCAGUGAAGCAGAUAACAGCAUACCUCAGUCAGCAGGUCCAUCUGAUGGCAGUGAAGCAGAUAACAGCAUACACAGCCAGCAGUGGAAUGUCAAGAAGAUGUGGAUUGCUGUCUUCCUCAACACCGUGAAGGAUUUGAACAGACACCAUUAA